CGGCGAGGUCAGGCGUGACAGUCUGACGACGACAGAGAGGACGGUUGUCGUUGCAACGGUGAAUGUCGUCCUUUUCCGUUGUCAAAUGGCGAGCAGCGAGCGGAAGUUCAAAGCUGCCGGCGCUGCCGAUGAGUGGCCAGUGCUUGGACGUCGGUGCCAUUUCCGACGCGGUGCUGCAGGUCUGCUACACGAUGGGGUGCGGCGCGUUUCCACGGGCGACUCCAAGGUGGUGGAUGAAGCGGCGGACGAGAGGUACGUGGGAGGAUAUGCGGCAAUGUGAUGACGCGACAGAUGACUACUUCAAGGACAAGCUUCGAAUGUCGCUACGUGUUUUCCGCGAGAUUGCGGAGACUCUUUCCCCACUCCUGCAACGCCGUGUGGCGUUCUACACGGUGCCCUUGCAGCCGAACCACAUCAUCGCCUACGCUCUGUAUAGGUGGGCGACAGGGGAGACAUACGACAGCGGGACGUGUAGCUUCGGCAUUGGCAGGUCUUCCGGCAUCACGGCGGUGCGGGACGUCACUGCGGCAUUGCUGAGUGCGUACCCCAAUAAGAUAUCCUGGCCCACAGGUUUGCAGAAGGCAGUCGUCUUCCUCGCGUUCGCAGACAAGGGUGUUCCAAACUGCCAUGGGUGCAUCGACUGCACCCACAUCUACAUCGACAAGCCCACCAAUGCCAACGGGGAGGACUAUUGCGACAGGAAACGUCGAUUCUCCGUGCAGGCGCAGGUGGUCGUCGACAUGAACUUGUGUGUGCUGGACGUCUUCGUCGGUUACCCGGGCAGUGUGCAUGACAUGAGGAUGUUGAACCUGUCCAGUUUGUGGGCGCUCACGGAGGAAGGACAACUUUUCACUAGGCCGCGUGUGAUGCUGUCUUUCGGUGUGCGGACCAAUGGCUACUUGCUCGGCGACAACAGUUAUCCUCAGUCCGAAUGGAUAGUCGUCCCUUACGGCGGUCUCGCGCAACACCCGUCGGACGCACACUUCGACAACAAGCAGAAGACGACUAGGGGAGAAGUGGAGAGGGCCUUUGGCAGACUGAAGGGGAUGUGGAGGUUGUUCCUCCACACCCACAAGUGCAACAUGGAGACCUUGCCGCAACAAUUUGUCAUCGUCUGCAUCCUCCACAACAUACUUAUGAUAACUCGUCGACAUAGGCGUCCCGUUUGACGACAAUCUGUUGUGGGAGGUGGGUCCGGACGGCGUGCAUCGUAGAGUCGAUCUUGGGAUGCAUCAGCCACUGAGGCCGGUGUGCAUGGAGUCAUCAACGGGGGAUGUGCUGAUAUUGAGGGACACGCUGGCGGAGUGGAUGAGUGCGCAGUGAGGAUGGUCGUGCAUGCAGGUGGAGACCCCGCCGUGACCGUAAUGAAGCGGAAGAACGGAG